UUUUUCUGCCAGAGACCGGAAGUAAAACAUGUGAAAUUAUUUAUUUUUUUAUUUUUACCAAUCUUCUUCAUAUUUCUCCACUACACUAGGAUAAAAUGUCAGCCUCACUGGUCCGAAAAGGACUUGAACUAUUCAAAGAUGAUUUGAUGACGGAAAAAGAGAGAGAGAAAGCAAAGAAAAGGAAAAAGAAAUCACUGGAAGAUCCAAUGAAAUUAAUCAGUACCAAAAAAUCAGGUGUUGCCAAGCAACUACGACACCUUAAGCAACAACAUGCAAAGAAACAACAAACAACAGUUAAAGACAAACAUAUAAAAUCUGCAAUAGAGGAGUAUAAAAGGAAGCGUAACUAUGACAGUACUGCAGAUAAUCUGUAUUAUAUGACCAAAUUAAAGGAUCCAACACAUUCUAAAGCUUCAGAAACUAUAUAUAACCAUAAGAGGAAGAAACCGAUAGAAAAGUCUCAAGACAGUGGGAAGUCUGAGAGGACAUUAUUCACUGACAGAGACUUUGACACUUUUGAAAAGGAAUAUGAUUUCUUUGCAACCUGAUAGGAAGUAAAAGGCAUUCUCAGGGGUGACAGCUACUAUAACAUUGAACCUAAGUAUUGUAUAGACAACUGAAUCCACAUUAUAAUGAUAUUGUAUUACUUGUAUAUUGUAGAUCAUUGACAUGAAAAUAUCAUAUAACUGUCCUCUGAGACUCUUGAGAACACAUUCAUUUUAAAUACCAUAUAAAUUAUGUACCUAUUAUAUAUAAUAAACUAAUUGGUAAAUGCUGCAUUGACGUAUGUAUCAAUGCGUUUGUAUGACAUAUGAUGCAUAUGCCAUCCUACACAGACUGAGCAUGCAAAAAACAGUUGGUAUGGAAACAUGAGCGCUCUUUGCGGAACCAAUAGUCAUUUUUAGAUUUGUAUGUGAUGCUUUAUUAACCAAGUACUGUUAAUGAGUU